AUGACGACACAAGGCGGGUCAAAGACAACUCAUUUACCACCACCGCUAACAGAGCCAAAACCCAAUCCAGGUGAAGGGCACAUUAUUUGUGAACUAUCAAAGUGCAGUGUAAAGCCAGUAUUUUCCACGUAUCGUGCUUCAUAUCCUUUAAAAUUUAUUUCUCCACGUACUCACUCACCUCACUUGGCAGCCGUUUAUCUUUUGACUUAUGGCGGAGGACUGGUAUCGGGUGACGUGAUCUCUGUGAAGGUAGAGUGCUUGGAGGGAGUUAAUUUAAUGCUACUUACUCAAGGUUCAACAAAAGUGUAUAAAAUGCGAAAUUUAGGACAGCAAAGACACAGCGAUAGUGUGGUUUUCAAGGAGACUAAAGAAGCUACUAUUGAAUCAGACACUUCACCAAAGACAACGAUAUCAUCGUCGUCAUCAAUAACACCUACACAGCAAAAACUUUAUGCGCGCAUUCACAAAAAUUCCCUCCUACUUCAACUUCCAGAACCGACAACAUGUUUUCGCGACUCGAUGUUCACGCAGCGACAAACAUUCACGUUGGAAGAUGAAACCGCGUCAGUCGUAUGUCUAGACUGGUUUACAAGUGGUCGCAUGUCACGCGGUGAAAAGUGGGAAUUUUUGCGAUAUGAAUCUGGUGUCGAUAUUCUUAUGGAGGAGAAAUUGGUGUUUCGUGAUGUGGUCUCGUUGGUUCAACAUCAUCCCAACCCCAAUCAGAAUCAGACCACAGUCUCUUCUUUUGACGAGAUUACGCAUAAUUUAAUUAAAGAUCGGCUAGAGCCGUAUCAAUGCUACGCAACUUGUGUGAUUUAUGGACCGAGAGUUAGGCAGUUGAUGCGACAUGUACUUGAAGAAUUUGAUUUGAUUGUCGUGCAUAAAUCGACGAGAAUGCCGGAAUUAAUUUGGUCGGCUUCUGUAUUAUCAUCGAAUAGCAGCACCACCAGUGUUAAUCAAAGUAAUGGUAAUAGCAAUGAUGGUGAUAAAGAGAAUCACUUGAGCGGUCUGGUUGUUAAAGUGGCAGGAACCACCACCGAAAUGGUCAGAAAUUUUUUGUGUACUGUCGUGUUAAAAGGGUUAGAUGAUAUUGUUGGUGAUGAUCUUUUUACGCGUGUUAUUUAA